UACAAAAUCCAAGUGUGACCACUCUCUCUUCAACAAACCAUGGAUGACUUCUCUGUUGAGCUGUUGUAGCAACAACAUCCUCUAUUGAUACAUACAUACAUAUAAAUAUAUAUAUAUAUAUACCUCACCCUCUCGGGAACCACAAGCACACACGCACACACGAGCAACGAGGGACAGACGACAUACACACACAUACACACACACACAAUAAAACACACACAAAAAAAAAACAAUGCUCCUCACCUCCAGCCAAGUCUCCAUAGCCGUCUCCUCCGGCGUCGUAUUCUUCUUCACUUUAGCUCUCUUCCUGUCAGGGUACACAAUCCAACAACGCACCCUCCGCGAAAUUAGAGCGAGCAUCAACCGCCCUAAACCCUCCCCCAAAAUCUUCCUCCCUGAUCGGUUCAAGCAAUCGACCACUGAGCUCGAGGAUGGGACGAUAGUGAUCAUCGAGGAUGAGAAUAUCUCCCGCCCGCCGAGACCACUGAAAGAAAUCUUGUUGGAGGAGGAGAAGGAAAAGGAGCUGGAACGGGAGAGGGAGGUGGUGAUCUCUGUUGUUCCUACUGUUCCCACUGAGGAGGAGGUGCUGGCUGAGAAGAAGCAGGUGGAGGAGAAGGAAAAGAAGGAGGGGGGCCUGCUUGGGUGGAUGAGGACUAGUAAGAAGGCUGAGAAGAAGACAGAAGGAGACGAUGGUGAGCAAGAAGGGGAAGACGGGGAGGAAGGGCCACAGAAACCAAUCAGCAGAGCAGAGAGACGGAAGAGGAUCAAGGAGGAGCUGAUGAGACUGGCGCAAGGUGAAGAAAGGGGGUGGUAUCAGAGGAGGUUGUACUGAUUGUCUGGGCGUGCUGGCGGGAACUGAGGCUGGGUAGGGCCGGGGGGUCCAACUUCACGCGUGUGAUGAAAAAAAAAAAGCCCACCAUUUCUUUUGAGUAUGAGAUAUGAUCAUUUUUUUUUUUGAGUUAGGUACGGGGCGGCGCAUGGGGGUAUCACUUUUGGAUUGUAAAGAGGGAGCACAGCUUUGAUGCUUGAUGAACUGUUAUUAUAUAUGAUAAAGUCCUGUG